GGAUAUGACAUGUUAAAAAAAAGUGAAAACAACAUGGCGUUUCUGUUGUGCUCGGACGGCUGCAAAGUUCGAGAUCCUUUUGCAUGCUUUUGCCGGAUCCUCUAAAACGUCGUCUUGUAUAUGUAGUAAAUGCUGAAGGAUGAAAAGAGCAUGCCAGACCUCGAUUUUCCACGUGGAGACAAAGAAGAAAUUUCUAAGGCCUUCGCUACAACAACAAAAUAUCGAUAAAUAAUUAUUAUAAGAAUUUAGUUAUUACCUCUGGAGGAAAUACAAUGAGGAUGUUUUACAGGGUAGCACUGAAAGUAUGUCCACCGUUGGCAUUGUUGUUUAGCGUCGUAGUGACAGCAAGUACAAUGUAUAUAGAGGAAGGAAUUUCGCCGUUAUUGUUAUUCGUAUGUGUCCAGGUGUACUUAAAUUGGUACUGCAUUUAUAGCAUAAGUAAAAAUGCCACAACUAUGAAGAGUACAGGAAAAAGGAGUAAGAGCGUAGCAAUUUCUAUAACUGUUGAACACAAUACAAAAGAAGAAAUUCGACAGUCCGCGGAGGGUAGAUACAAAUUUUGGUAUUGCGACAAGUGCUGCUGUUACACUUAUAAACCAACUCAGCAUUGCAUACCCUGCAAAAAAUGUUUCCACUACAGAGAUCAUCACUGUUUUUUUGUUGGCAGUUGCGUCCUUCGACAGAACAUGGGAAAUUUCAUUCUCGUGUGUUUUCACACGUCUCUAGCUUGUCUCUAUUCCCUCAGCGUCAUUGGACCUCGUUUGAACGAGAAUAUAAGUCGUCGCAUCGCCCAGUCACCAUCCUCUCAGACUUUUCCUCGCUUCCUACAUUCUUGUUUUCCUGUUGCACUCGCGAGAUUACUCAUACUCGGUGAGGACACUGAUAUUCUACUCGUUAUUCUUUUCGACGCACUUUUCUCUGUAUUUUUCAUGUGCUCAUUCUACGGGGCAUGGAAAUUUUAUAUCUGCAUCAUAGGAAAACAAAGAUAUUAUCCUCACGUUCCUACCAGACAAAAUGUCAAAGAGAUUUUCGGCAGUUAUGGCCUUUGGAACGUAGUGUUCCCCUACAAUGGGCUUUUGGGUAGUCGUGAUAUCGAUGGAAAAUUUGAAUUGAAAGAAGUUUAAUAAUGUCAUUAUCUCGUGGCCAAAGUUCUAUUGCUUCUCCUUAUACCUUCUCACAUGUCUAUUAUAUUUCUUUUGUAAUCUAUUUAUUUUACACUGGAAUAAAUAUUGUACGCAUAUAAAUGUAUGUACAAUUCCCGAAUA